AUGGCAGCUCUGGGCCGCGGGACGAGUUUGGCCAGCGCAUUGCUGGUCACCAGCAGCUUUACGACGGUCAUUCCAACCACCUCCGUCGUCACUUCCUCAUCCGCUGUUGCAGGUUGCACGGUUGCGUCCUCUAUGCAGAUCAGCUGUAGCAAUGGCUACUACAACACCUACGGCGCCGUGUGGCAGGAGACCUGCGCCGCGACGUGGACCGGAGGCAGCAUCUUGUCCAGCGGAACCGGAUUAUCGCUGCGAGCGUGUGCAUCUGGCUGUGCAGUCAAUUCCGCCUGUACCGCGGCCUUUUAUGCUCCUGGCAAUAUUUGUUAUCUGCUCCAGGGCGACGUGACUCUGAUUUCUGGCGGGCCGUACCAAGGCGUUGUUCGUUAUGCGGCCACCGCCAGCCCGUGUGUCUCGACCUGGGUGGUCACCGAAACGGGCUCGGUCACUUCCACUGAGGAAGUGGUGUACACGGUGACUCCGACCUUGACUCCGACCUCGACUCCAAUCUCGAGUCCGUCUGCUAUAGUGACGCCGUCUUCCACGCCGGUGGCUGCAUCCACGCCUUCUUCGACCCCGUUAGUGGCCUCUUCGUCAACACCUAUCAUCCGGUCGUCGACCACAGCUUCUUCCAGUACAUCAAGUCCUCUAUCUUCUUCUGUGCGGCUAUCAUCGACUCCAUUGAUUCCUUCUUCAGCCAUUCCUUCUUCAGCCAUUCCUUCUUCAGCCAUUCCUUCUUCAGCCAUUCCUUCUUCAGCCAUUCCUUCUUCAGCCAUUCCUUCUUCAGCCAUUCCUUCUUCAGCCAUUCCUUCUUCAGCCAUUCCUUCUUCUCCUUCGUCCACCAGCUUGUCUUUAGGUAGCUCAUCAUCUGCUUCCAGCCUAUCCGCAGCUAGCUCAACCCCACUUGCUACCGCAACUGUGACCCAGAGUGAAUUUUCUCCUUCGACACAGUCGUCGGACGAAUCAAGCAGCAGCAUGUCAAAUGCUGCAACCUAUACCUCAACCUACACCAUCACAGAGGCUCAGGUAAAAACAAUCACUUCCUUUGCUGGUACAGUCACUAAUUGCUUCAUGCGACAACAGACAACAUACUUGACCACCGAAACAAUCAUAUACGUAACGACAGUUUGUCCCGAGGACUCCCAAGCCACGGCCUCCCAAACUACGGACUCAGCGACCACAAUUCCUGAUACAAGUGCGGUUCAGACCACCAGUGCUUCUCUGGCCCAGCACACAGAUACAGGGGCGCCUUCUUCGAUGAUCACCACCUCGACCAUCUACAUUACGGAUAUUGACGUAGUCACGGCCUGUCCGCCUUCCAUCCUCAACUGUCCUGUCGGACAGAAAACCACAUACGCCACGACCCGAACUGUCGCUACCUAUACGACAACAUACUGGGUUGCAGUCCCGGAUUCAACACAUGCUUCUCAGUCGACGAGCACAUCUGUGAAGCCACUGGAAGUCCCGACUGUCUCGCCUACCGAGCCGCAUAUUCCUGACCACGAACAAACCGAUGAAUACACUAAAUACUCUGACUACACUAACCGCACUCUGCUCCACACCCCAGCGUCAAACACCUGGAGAAGCGGGAUCGCGUCCUCUGGCUCCGCCAAGGUUGCAACGCCCACCCCAGCGGUCAACACUCCUUCGGGGCAAACAGCCUCCUCUGUGACAAGUGCUCCUAGCAGCGUAUAUACCGGAGGUGCCCUCAAGACGGGAUCUAUCUCUGUACUGCUUACUGUGUUGACAGUACUAUCCACUCUCUUUUUCCUUUAG